AUGAAGAGAAUAAAUGAAAAAGGAAUUGGUGAUAUCAUUAAUGUCAGCGAUGUAAUGAUGAAAAGAAAUUUUGACUCAUUAUUUACAAAACCGAAAACAGAAUAUAGUCUUUAUGACGUAAUUACCGAAUUAAUGAAAAAGAUUAAUGAUAAUAAGAGUUCUGGCGGAAGAGUUGAAUUAGAAGUGAAUGAUGUUAAUGAGAAAUUAGCCGAAAAAGCAGAUAAAAACCACGUUCAUUAUAUAACUUCAGACGAACAGAUUAUAACGGACUACCAUGGAUAUUUAACACGAAGUGAUGAAGCGAAGACAAAAAAUGUUAAUGAAAGAAGAUAUAAAUACAUUCGUGCUAAAGGUUAUGACAUAAGCUGUACUGUACAGUAUGACACAGGUAAAGCACCAGAAGCAUUUAGUUAUAACGAUGAAAUUUAUGCCUCUACUUUCUCUGUUAAUGGUGUAUUAGUUGAACCAAGAUUUAUGUUAAGAGUUAAGGCAAAAAUAACGUUUGAAGAUGCUAUUAAAAGUAAAGCUGACAAAGUUGAACUUGACGCAACGAACAAAGUUUUGAAAUCUCAUAAACACAACAUCUCCGAUAUAAAUGAACUUCAAACUUCUUUAGACAGUAAAGCUGACAAGAACCAUACACAUAAAUCCUUCACUACUGUUAGAGCAGACGACAUAAUAUUGAACUUUGACCUUGGUUCAAGUGCACCAUUAGAAAAUCCAAGUACAAGCGUAAAAGAUACUCUUAACAGUUUAGAUAACAGUUGCAGGAACAUUGAAAGUCAUGCCAGAAACUUUGAAGCACAUGAACUACCAGCAAUGUUAGAUAAGAAAGCAGACAAGAACCAUACACAUAAAUCCUUCACAACUGUUGCUAUAGAAAGUAUUGAAGGAACGGUUGAAGAAACUGGUGGGGAUGCAUUAUAUUGUAAACCUCCUAACUUUCCACAAGGUUUAACAUCGGAUGACGACAUAACGACGAUGAGAAACAUUAGAUGUAAAGAUGUUUAUGUCAUGAAGGAUGAACAUAAUAUUAAAUUCACUGCUCAAGAUUUAUAUGACAAGAAAGCAGACAAGAACCAUACACAUAAAUCCUUCACUACUGUUAGAGCAGACGACAUAAUAUUGAACUUUGACCUUGGUUCAAGUGCACCUUUAGAGAAUCCGAGUACAAGC